AACAGAGAACCGCCGCCGCCACUCGACAGCAUUCGGUCUCCGGUGUGCGAGCACGUUCGGUCACAAAUAAAAUACACAUACACGAUCGUGUCGACGAAAAUCUGAACUCACGAUAUCAUAUCAUGUCAUUAUUGUUAUAAAUAAGACUUACGUGUACUGAGUGUGUGUCCUUUUAAUAAUAUAAUUUAGUGUAGGUAAAUAAUAGUAUAUUAUUAUUAUUCAUUACGCACAAGUCUUUGACGUUCCUCGCGCGCCCUUCCGCCGGAUCGUAAAUCGGGAUUCCGGAUAUACGUACGUAUUUCGAAAGUUCGGUUCGGUCUCUACAAUUUUACCCGUCGCGUGUGCGUGCCAACCCCCCCGUCGCAGCCGCCGCCGGAAACACAACAUUUUGUAUCUUUGUGUGCGCCUCCCGAACGACCGGAAUCAAAUAACGGAUAUGAAACGGGCUGAACGGUAAUGGGGAAUGUCCGACAUCAAAUCGACGGUCUGUGAUACUCGACCGGUGGUGGAGGUGGUGGAGGAGGGGGGCCUCCAGAAUCAACUGCAAGACGUUUGCAAAAGCAUUAAAGUCACUAACAUGAGAGCAGCCACACCGUACCUAUGUGCGCUGUACGUGGCCACGGCCGGCCACCAAGGAAACCUUCUUGGAUCUGAUGAACAGGAGAUCGUCCUGCUCAUUUACGUAGUCGUCGACAUGACAACAAACACCGUUGUAGGCAUCCAGCAAUAUUUGGUGAAGCCGACCGAAGUUGACCAAAACGAAAACAUGCUGUCUGAUCAAGUCACGUCAGACAUAGGCAUCACUGAGAAAAUGGUCAAGACUUCCGGUAUUCCCCUGCAGGAUGCUAUCGACAAGUUCGACACCUACGUAAAGUCACUGAAUAUCGAACCUCAAACACCUAUGUUUCGAAUAGUAACAGAUGGACAGCUUCCAAUCCGUCAGUGUUUGCACCGGGAAUCAUCCAUUAAAGACAUUGAACUGCCCGAAUACUACAACGUAUUUCACGACCUGCGGAAGGACUUUUCCAAAUUCUACAACGCACCUCAAGACCAAACUUUUAAUUCAAUUACAGAUCUGGUUAAUUAUCUAGAAAUAACUCAUGAAAUCGAUUCUCAGUUCUACGUAGCCGAGGUCAAGGAUAUGGUAAACAUUGUCCAAAGGCUCAUAGCUGAUGGCCAUACGUUCAAUUCGCCGGAAAUCGUUCAGCUAAAACUCGAACCGGGUAUUUGUUGGAAAAAUGAAGAAGUAGAUAACAAUUGUGUAGUCAGAGCAAGAGGUCUUCCGUGGCAAUCAUCUGAUCAAGACAUAGCCAAGUUCUUUCGUGGUCUUAAUAUAGCCAAAGGUGGUGUAGCAUUGUGUUUAAGUGCGCAUGGUCGUCGUAACGGUGAAGCAGUUGUACGUUUUGUGAACCAAGAGCAUAGAGACAUGGCUAUGAAAAGACAUAAACACCAUAUUGGUAGCCGUUAUAUUGAAGUAUAUAAAGCUAAUGGCGAAGACUUCAUAAAUGUUGCUGGGGGUAAUAGUAGUGAAGCCCAAACAUUCCUCACCAAGGGUGCCCAAGUAAUUGUACGCAUGAGGGGCUUACCUUAUGAUUGUACAGCUAAAGAUGUCAUUACUUUCUUUGAAAAUGGUGAGCAAACUUGUUCUGUAAUGGAUGGAGAAGAUGGUGUUUUAUUUGUUAAAAAACCUGAUGGACGUGCAACGGGUGAUGCGUUUGUUCUAUUUGCUGAUGAAGAUGAUGCUCCUAAAGCACUUAGUAAGCACAGAGACCUAAUAGGCACAAGGUACAUUGAACUAUUUAGGAGUACAACAGCUGAAGUACAACAGGUUUUGAACCGUGCAAUGGACCCAUCUGUGCGAUCAACAGCUAGUGAUAGCAAUGGCAACAUUACCACCCCGGUAACAACAACAGCUGGUGUGAAUAAUUCACCUACUGCACUUCUUGGGCAUGUGCCGCUUCUGCCAUUGCCUCAGCAUGUCAUCACUAGUGGCACACGAAAAGACUGUAUACGCUUACGUGGACUUCCAUAUGAAGCAAAUGUAGAACAUAUACUUGAGUUCCUCGGAGAACAUUCCAAAAAUAUUGUAUUCCAAGGUGUACAUAUGGUUUACAACUCUGUGGGUCAUGCAUCUGGUGAAGCAUUCAUUCAAAUGAACAACGAGGGCAGUGCUGCUCAGGCAGCAAUGGCUAAACACCACAAUUAUAUGUCUUUUGGCAAAAAACAACGGUAUAUCGAAGUGUUCCAGUGUUCUGGUGAAGAUAUGCAUCUGGUGUUGACUGGCGGAGGUGCUGCGUCAGGAGCUUUAUCCCCAGUAGCUGCCAAAGCGCUAUUAUCACCACCUGGCGGACCGCUGAUGACUUCUCCGCCGUUCCCGCCACCGACUUCCAACUACUCGCCGUUUUCCGGGCCACCACCGCUGAUAGGCCACCAGCCGCCGCCGUCGCUGGGCGCGCCGUACCCGCCGCCGAUCCUCUACUGGCCGUACCCGUCGCCACCCAUAUCGCCGCCGCACCAACAGCCCGCGCUACUCAUCAUGCAGGGCACGCCGCCGCCGAUGCCGCCCCCGCCGCCCGUGGACAUGUGCAAUCUCAUACACUCCGUGUCCGAGUGGAACAUUGAUUACAUGCAACAGAAUCCUCAAUUUUGCACAAUGAACGUAGGUCCGAUGGGCAUGCACUCGGCUGCGGCUUGACGCGACGCGAAACAACAGUCGGCGGCAACCGACGACGUGCAAUCGUCACAACAACGAUGUCGUUGCCGUCGAUGACCGGUCUUAUUAUUCAAAGUCACAACAAUGACCGUACUAAAUUGUGCAAAGUACAAACGGCCGCGUACUUAACGUGUUUAUAAUAAUAUGUAUAAAUAGUAAUGUUUGUAUUUAUUUAUAACUAUAUAAUAUUAUGUUAUAUAUAGAGUGAGAGAUAUUUCUAUUAGAUUUAAGAAUGUAUAUAAUAUAUAUAUAUAUAUAUAUAUAUAUACUUAGACGGAAAAAAAUAGUAUACAUAUAACAUUAAUAUUAAUAUAGUCGAGAUAACUCGACCUUAGAAAGUCAACAAAUAUCAUAUAGUCGUCUUCCACCGCGCGUAUAUUAAAGACGAAGAAAUAGUACUUACCUAAUCCUCGUUAAUAAUAUUAUUGUUGGUCACGUGUACAUAACAAUACAAUAUGAUGAUAUUUACAUAUUUAUCAUCAUAUCGAAAGUUUUAAGUCGAAUUUCUAUGUUUUGUGUGAAUUAUUAACGUAUGUGUUUUCAAUGUGAUUUCUAUUAUUUUUACCAAUUUAGUAUUCUUUUUAUAAAUUUUACUCUUUUAUAUUCAAUUUUUAAAUGACAUAAAAUAACAUACUUCCCAUUUUAUCUGCAAAUAUAUACAUGGUGAAUUUUACUUAAUGCAUUUAAAUGAUACAUACUCAAUACAAUAUGAUAGUACUUACUUAUUUCUUAGAAUUUUAAUUUUUUCGAAUGGCAACCCAUCAUAUUUCUUAUUUCAUAUUCUGAAGUCGAAUGUUUUCUAAAAAUUUUAGAAUAUGAAAUUCAAAAUAUUGUUCUAAAGCUUAAAAAAAUUAUGAAAACAAUAUUUUUUCACAAACUUGUCGACUGCGAAAACCCGUGUAAUAUGUCUUAAGUUUGAAAAAUUCACUUUGUAGGAUGAUAGUGUAUAUGUAAUAAAAUAUAUCAAGUGCUACACAUAACAAUUUAAAAAUGACUGGUGUGUGGACGUUAUUCUUGUAGAUGGCGUUGAUGUCAUUAUAUAAUUUGACGCACAUAAUACAACUCUAGCACAUUGUUACAGUUAGAUUAUUUAAUAUAAUAUAUUAUUAUUUUUAUUAUUAUUAUUAUUAUUAUUAAUAUAAUACAAUAUAUCGAUGCGAUCGGAAUAUCGUAAUAACGGUUUAUAAAAAAAAUAUUCCGCACGUAAUACGGUCUUCAUCGAGUUUUCUUAAUCAUAUAACAAGCAACGGUUCUUGAAAAUAUUUUUUUUUCGUUUUUAUGCCCUCGCAUUGUCAUUAGUCAAGUCCUAUUUAACGACCAAAUUUGUUUAUUAGUAUUAUUAAUAUUUUUUUUUUUUCGUAGGAAUUAGUGAGAUUAAUUUAUAUUUAUAUUCGUUUCAUUAAGUGCGGUUUGAAUGCGUAUAAAAGAAAUGCACACAUUGUAACUUAUAACGAUGACGGGCGCUAAGCCGCCAAAGUCAUCAUUUACAUAUAGGUACCAGCUAUAAUAAUAAUAUUAUGUUAGUUUAUGAAUCUAUUUUUGUUUAAAAUUUUAACAUUCGGUUGUACGAUCUCUAGUAUUCUUUAUGCUCGACAAAACAUAACGAAAACAAUAUUUAUAUAGUAUUGUAAUAUGAUAUAUAUAUAUAUAUAUUUUUUUUAACAUUACCUAUAUAAUGUUUUGUGCAAUUUAAUUUAAUUUUGUUUAUUUCCAAGUAGAUCUCAAAAAAGUAGAUGUUUUGACAAUUUUUUAAUUAAAUUAAUCUCGAAUGUAUAUUUUAUACUUUGGUCCUCCUCCGGAUGAACGAAUUUUCAACACAAUAAUAAUACAUUCUACCCGGCCAACGAACGGCCAUCUGUCUUAAUAUAAACAAUUAUAAUUACGAUUGCUUUCUAUAUAGUAGUUUCGUAUUUUCGUAUUUUUCGAGUAUACUUAGGUGCGUUUAUUGAAAUACAUUACUCCCCCCCCUACCGUCACGGCCGCACAAUAUAGGUAUUAUAUAAUAUAAAAUAAUAAUAUACAUCGACAAUGUUCCAAAAAUGUGUAUACGGUUUUUUUUUUAUAUAUAUAUAAUUUUCAUAAUAUUAUUAUUGUUAUUAAAUAUUAUUUAUAAAAAAUAUUAUUUUAUGAAGUGUGAAAAAGUCUUCGCCCCAGACAGUAAUUUUAAAGCGAAAUAGUUAUUAAACUGGACGAAGUGUCAGCUUUUACAUAAUGUUAUGAUAUAAUAUACAAUAAUUAUAAGUCUCGUGUUUAUCAUCUAUAACGUCUAUAUGUAAUCGUAACGUGUAUAUAAUAUAUAUACAUAAUACAUAUGUAUGUUAUGUAUAUAUAAUAGUAUACAUAGGUUUCAGACUUUCAGUUGGCCGAAAUAAAUACGAACAAUAAUAUACCGAAUAUAUAAUAUAUUAUACCACUCAAGUCGCAAUAAAUUACUAAAAAAAGAGGGAUGGAUUACGCAAAUACCUAUAUACUGUAAUAUAUUAUACCCUGGAUACCUAUGUAUCGUUUAAUCUCGAUCAUAUAACGAUAAUUGUCUGCCUAAAGUGUCUACGUCGUUAUUGAAUUUUAAAAUGUUUUAUUCGUAACAUGUAUGGAUGUUUUUAUGUGUGAUGUAGGCACUUUGUAAAACUCUAAAUAUUUUAUACUGCCCUAACCAAUGUAUUAUAUAAUGUGAAUAUUAAAAAAAAAAAAACAUCCGAUGACUAAUGUUUUGUAUUCGCCAUUUGGCUUCAAUAAAAAAUUCCGUUUGCCAAUCGAAAAAAUAAGCGAUUUUUCGUUGUAUAAUGUCUUGUAUAGUUUAAUACUUUAAAUGAUAUAAUAUAAUUUUGUCCGUUGAACAAUACAAUUUACGAUUUCAAGUAAUAGUAUUUCUCAUCGCGUCCGUUUUUCCAUUUUGGUUGUAACUACAUCGCGUAAACAUGUCACUAUAAUAAAAUUUAGUAAUCGAAUUUUGUAUUAUUACCACCCUAAGCUCAUAUAUAGGUUAGGUUUGGUGUAUGAUCUGUAAGUUACUACAUAUCUUAUUUUGCUCGAUGUCUCUCUGACUUUGAAAUAAUUCAUUGUCGUGCAUUAAUAUAUCAUAUAGAUAUAGGAUAUAGAUAUAGGUACCUACAAAUAUUAUUAUGAUUAAAUUCUACUUUUGUUUCGUUCGAUUAGAUGUAUAAUAAUAUGCAGGUUAAGAAUAUAUAGACCAAAAUAAUAAUUUAUGCUGCUAUCUGUGUUUUUGUAGUGCAAUAAUAUAAUAAUCGUUGAAUAUUAUAAUAUAUAUACCCGUGUUGUUAAUUAAUUAUACAUUAUUACUAUUUUUACGUUAUAGUUGUAGUGUUUUAAAAUUAAAUUAAAUAUAAAUUAAAUGUGUGUGUGUGCGUGUGAAAACAAUGUUUAAUUAUUUUGUAACCUAGAAAUUGUGAUUCACUUCACAUAUUUUAAAGUCUACUUAUUAUCUGGUAUAAUACGUAGUUUUUUUAUGGUUGACCGUAGAUCAACCCCUUUGUAUUUAAGUCGUCUCCAGUCCCUUUUAGUCAAUUAUAAUAUUAUUAAAUACAUGAAAAUAAAGUGUACGUACAUAAUAUGUUUUUUAGUUAAUUAUUAUAGUUUCAAUUUUAUUAUUAUUAUUAUUAAUACCUACCUAAUUGUACACCUAAUCGUCGUCUAGUACCAAUACUUGUAUGACAUUAUUAAUAUUACAUUUUUGUUUUAAUUUGAAUACAAUAUAUUAUAUUAUUAUAGACCUUUGAAAAAUACA